GAUUGUUGUGUGACAUAUAUACGUACCAUUCUUAGUGGUUUUACUCAAAUUUUCAAUUGUUUUUUCGUAAUCAUGAUUGAGGAUGUUUCACCGUUUAUACAAACUGUGCUGGGUACUGGGUUAACAUGGUUUGUAACUGCGAUUGGCUCUAUGUUUUGUUUCAUCAUUUCGAAUUCCUCAACCAGUCUAAAGAAUCAGAUUCUUGACGGCAGUUUGGGUUUUUCAUCUGGAAUUAUGUUAGCUGCAUCAUUCUGGUCCCUGUUAGAACCAGCAUUGGAGAUGGCUAAAAUUGACUUAGGUCUAGGUGCAUAUUGCGUCUUCCCUGUAAUGUGUGGAUUGUUCAUCGGUGCAGCGUUUGUUGGAUUAGUGGAUACUUUUUUACCUACCCAGUGGCUCGAAACAGUGCCUGUGGCAAUUAAUGAUUCUUGCUACUCAGUGUCUAAUCCAAGCUCUAGCAUUGUAUUUGAUACGUCUAUAAAACAACGUAACUAUUUGGUAAAUAGUUGUAUGGAAUCCAACAUCAGGCAUCGUUCUGAAAACACUAUACAAGCAUAUCCAUCGUCUUCAUCGAUAAAGGUUGAUAAUGAAAAAAAUCAACUUCCGAAAAUGGUGAUAACUCGUCGCUUAUGGUUGUUAAUCAUGGCGAUUACAGUACAUAAUAUACCUGAAGGUUUUGCAGUUGGUAUUGCAUUUGGUGGACUUGGACAAUAUUCAAGAACUACUUUCUCUCAAGCGUGUAAUCUGGCGAUUGGUAUUGCUAUUCAAAACUUUCCUGAAGGUUUGGCUGUCAGUUUACCGUUAUAUUCAUCUGGAUAUGGAUUUUUCAUUAGUUUCUGGUAUGGACAAUUGUCCGGUCUUGUAGAACCGUUUGCCGGGCUUAUCGGUUGUUUGGCCGUACAUUUCUUCCGAAGACUUCAGCCUUAUGCGUUAGGCUUUGCUGCAGGAGCUAUGCUAUUCGUUGUAGUUGAUGAUAUUAUCCCUGAAUCUCAGUCCAGGUAAUUCAUUGUUUGUUUUAUAACUCUCUAUUUCUCUCUAAGCAAAUCCAUUCAUUUGAGUAUGUACAAGACAGAUAUUAUAUAUAUCGAGUUAGGGAUUCUUAAACAGUUAUUUGGUAACUCAAAAUUCAGUAGAAAAGUCGAGGGUUUAUUGAUAUUUUUGACUUAUGAAGGCGUUAAAAGCGCAUGAAUAUGAGGACCUAUUUUUUUAAAAAAACAUUGUUUGAACAAGGAAGGUUAGGUUCGCUAACUGAAAGGCAAAGUAUUUUUAAGACGCAUUAAAAGUUUAACUGUGAAUAAAGAUGAUUCAUCACACAGAAGUGUUCGUUUUGAAAUUUAAAGAACCUUGAAAGGUACAGAGUUAUUCAGUGACGCGGCAUCGUGAUAUGAAAGAUAGUUAUAUUGGACGGACAUCUGUUGAUCUAUGGUGAAUUCCCGGUUGGUGGUCUUAAAGAUCGUACUAGUUAGUAGCUCGAAGUGUCAUUAAACAUGACUCAGAAUAGAAGUCAGUGAUAAUUUUGGUGUAGUUUCUACUACAUUCUUCAUUAAAGCAGAAUGAACACUAUUAACUGAAGUAAACCUUGUUUUGGAUGUAUUUUUAACUGGACUGUAUCUCUUACUAAGUAGUACUCUUGUUCAUUUAUUGAUUAAUUAUGGAGUUCUUUUCUUUUCUACUUCUCCGUAAUAUGAUCGUUUCAUUUGUGUAUCUUUGUAGUGUCGUUCUGUAUUAUAAUUCAUAUAUAGUACAAAUAAGACAAGAAUAUUUUCAUCUUGUUCAGUUGUAAUUCGUCUGUUAUUUCAUUAAUUCAGGAAUAUUUGAGUUAACCAGAAUUACUCUUCAGUCACCAGUUGCGCAUUUCAUGCUACGUAUAUUAGCAGAUAUAAGUAUUAUGUAACACAGAUCAGAAGUGCAAGCUUGACAAAAGGUUUAUAAGUUUUGAACUUGAGGAAACAGAUAGGAAUUGAGAAGCGGAAGAAUCGUGAAGGAUGUAAAGGAUAAUUGAUGGAAAAUUUGCAAAUGAAGUAUUUAAUGUAUGGUU